GUCCGCCAUGGAGCCCCUCUGUCCGCUCCUGCUAGCAGGGUUUAGCUGGCCACUUGCCGGAGCUCUCGAAGACAACCAGACCACCACACACAACAGCAACGGGACCACCAUCCCAGGCCCUCCAGACCCUGGUGCCUCCCAGCCGCUGCUUGCCUGGCUGCUGCUGCCUCUGCUGCUCAUCUUGGGGCUGGUCCUCCUGGCCACCGCCUACUUCUUCAGGUUCCGGAAGCAGCGGAAGGUGGUGGUCAGUGCCAACGACAAGAAGAUACCCAACGGCAUCCUAGAGGAGCAAGAGCAGCAGAGAGUGAUGCUGCUGAGCAGGUCCCCCUCGGGGCCCAAGAAGUACUUCCCCAUCCCCGUGGGCCACCUGGAGGAGGAGAUCCGUGUGCGCUCGGCCGACGACUGCAAGCGCUUCCGUGAGGAGUUUAACUCAUUACCAUCUGGACACAUACAAGGAACUUUUGAACUGGCGAAUAAAGAAGAAAACCGAGAAAAAAACAGAUAUCCCAACAUCCUUCCCAAUGAUCAUUCCCGGGUGAUUUUGAGCCAAGUGGAUGGAAUUCCCGGUUCAGACUAUGUUAACGCUUCGUACAUAGACGGGUACAAAGAAAAGAAUAAAUUCAUAGCUGCUCAAGGACCUAAACAGGAAACAGUGAAUGACUUUUGGAGGAUGAUCUGGGAACAAAAAUCGGCAACCAUUGUCAUGUUGACUAACCUGAAAGAGAGGAAAGAGGAAAAGUGCCAUCAGUACUGGCCGGACCAGGGCUGCUGGACAUACGGAAACAUCCGCGUGUGUGUGGAAGACUGCGUGGUCCUGGUGGACUACACCAUCAGGAAGUUCUGCAUCCAGUCCCUCCCUGAUGGCUGCAAAGCCCCGAGGCUGGUCUCCCAGCUGCACUUCACCAGCUGGCCCGACUUCGGGGUGCCUUUCACACCCAUCGGAAUGCUGAAGUUCCUGAAGAAAGUGAGGACGCUCAACCCCACGCAUGCUGGGCCCAUAGUUGUCCACUGCAGCGCGGGUGUGGGCCGGACAGGCACCUUCAUCGUGAUUGACGCCAUGAUCGAUAUGAUGUACGCGGAGCAGAAGGUUGACGUCUUCGAGUUUGUGUCGAGAAUCCGCAAUCAGCGCCCUCAGAUGGUUCAAACUGACAUGCAGUACACGUUCAUCUACCAAGCCUUACUGGAGUACUACCUCUACGGCGACACCGAGCUCGACGUGUCCUCCCUAGAGAAGCACCUGCAGGCGCUACACGGCUCCGCCAGCCACUUCGAGAAGAUAGGGCUAGAGGAGGAGUUCCGGAAAUUGACAAAUGUCCGGAUCAUGAAAGAGAACAUGAGAACAGGCAACUUGCCGGCAAACAUGAAGAAAGCCAGGGUCAUCCAGAUCAUCCCGUAUGACUUCAAUCGCGUGAUCCUUUCCAUGAAACGGGGUCAAGAAUACACCGACUACAUCAACGCAUCCUUUAUAGAUGGCUACCGACAGAAGGAUUACUUCAUCGCUACUCAGGGCCCGCUGCCGCACACGGUGGAGGACUUCUGGAGGAUGGUCUGGGAGUGGAAGUGCCACACGAUUGUGAUGCUGACUGAGAUCCAGGAGCGCGAGCAGGAAAAAUGCUACCAGUACUGGCCAGCAGAGGGAUCGGUUACUCAUGGUGAAAUAAGCAUCGAGAUAAAGAGCGACGCCCUGUCUGAUGCCAUCAGCGUGCGAGACUUCCUGGUCACCUUCAGCCAGCCACUGGCCCGGCAGGAGGAGCAGAGCCGCCUGGUGCGCCAGUUCCACUUCCAUGGCUGGCCCGAGGUGGGGAUCCCUGCGGAGGGCAAGGGCAUGAUCGACCUCAUCGCCGCCGUGCAGAAGCAGCAGCAGCAGACAGGCAACCACCCCAUCACUGUGCACUGCAGUGCUGGAGCUGGGCGAACAGGCACAUUCAUCGCACUCAGCAACAUUCUGGAACGAGUAAAAGCCGAGGGACUCUUAGAUGUGUUUCAAGCUGUGAAGAGUUUACGACUUCAGAGGCCACAUAUGGUGCAAACCCUGGAACAGUAUGAAUUCUGCUACAAAGUGGUACAAGAUUUUAUUGAUAUAUUUUCUGAUUAUGCUAAUUUCAAAUGAAGAUUCUGCCUUAAAAUAUUUUUUAAUUUAAUGGUUCUGCACACGAAGUUCACCACUGAGAAAACAGUCGAGGACUCAGAAAUCAGCUGAAGAUUCAAUGUCCUAGCGCUGAUUUUACGACCCUGAGCAGCAGCAUUUUCUGUUCCCUGUUUGUGAAGAUCCAACGUAAAUAGGGAAGUUUCUAAAGUCGCCACUUUCAGCUGCUGGGGUUUUUACAUUUUAAAGGUCAAAGAGGACGUGCAGGUCUGAAAGGCAUUAGCGUAGUGUGUGACUGUACAGAAAUACUUAAAAAGCACUUCUUCAAGACCAUGUCUGUACGGUCUUAGCUAGAUGAGAUGAUACCUAAAUGCUGGGUGGUCCACUUUGCCCAUGGCCUUGGGGACAGCAAAGCUGCCCUCCUUGUUCCCUCCCCAGCACACUUUCUGUCCAGCCCUCUGUCUGUGGACUCAGGUAAGCCUCUGAGAAUCAAACCCACUGCACCUCCCUGCCUCGCUGUUCUGCCGAAGCCGCCUGUGUGGUCCUGAGCUGUGCCCAGAGGCUCAGCCAAAACCGCCCCCGCCCCCAACAUUUGAACAAAGCCCUGCGUUUCACAUGAAGAAGCAAGGAGCACACGUUCAGGAAGAAAAUAAUUGUGUGACCGCAACCAAUUACACUGUAAAGUUUCUGAGAAACAUUUUGGUAUUUAAAAAAAUCUCUUGUAGAAAACUAAGAUUGUUUGUAAGGCGGAAAAAAAUCUUAAAAUCUAUUUAGAUUUAUAUAGGUUUUUAAAGUCCCGCCCUGUGAUAUUUAAUAAAAGAAAAAAAGAGAGGAGAGAGAGAAAUCCUUAACCUAAAAGAUAACUUAUUUUUGGAUGGAAAUACUACUGAGACCUUUGACACUGGAUAGGAUGGAACCCACUGCCAGACAGGAUUGGCUUACAGGGCAAAAAGAGGGGAAAAUGAGUGUCGAAUUGUGUAAUGUGAUAACAAUUAUCUUUCUAUGACCAUUAGGUACCUAGCAGAUAAGCACAAUACAAAAAAAAAAAAAAGUAGAAGACAUUGGUCUAACUUACUAAGAGCAUUUACCAUGUGCAAUUUUUUGGUACAUUUUUGCUUUUCAAGAGCGGUAGAAAGGCCUUACUUGACAUACCCACUGAUGACGGGGUACGCCCUCCUAUUGCACUGUUCAACCUCUUUUCAUUCCUAGUGUGUGUAGGUGCACCCCAGGGUAGGUGGUUAUCUUACUAACAGUAUCACAGGGAGCAAGCUUCUCCACGCUCCUGCCAAAUCCCACUCAUGGGUAAGAGGAGGCACCCAGCCAAGCACACCCAGUGACACCACCAUCACCACCGGCUAUACCCCUGGGCUGCCUGCUGUGAGCCCCCACCCCUGAACUCUGAGUAUGGAUUCCGAUGGAAGGGAAAAUGGAGGGCACUCUGAGAGACGCAGCAGUGGGUGCCAUUUGCUUUCACUGUUAAAAUCCCAAACCCGGAAGUCUUUCUUUGACUCAAGGGGAAGAAGGGAAACAAGCUUUCAUUCAGCACAUUAGGUGGAAAACCAGAGCUGGCUUGUUCUGAUGGAGGUGACUUGACACUAGCCGUUCAUUUGCGAGUUCAAAGUCAAAUCCAAGGGGCAUAGGUUUUGGCCCACAUUUACGAGCCCUUACCCAGAACCGUUUAGGUCCUUUGAUGGACUAACUUGCAUCUCUUGUAUCAAGAAGUCCCUUUAAGGCAAACCUUCUCAGGAGUGUCCUCAGGAAGGUGUCUCCAGGUGUGUAUUCCCUGCCCUGUGGUCGUCCCCAGGUGCCUGCUGCUGGGGUCCUGGCACUCGGUUCUGCCCCCUCCUAAAGCGGGAGCCAUGGCCCCAUAGAUGUAGAACUUCCUCCCUGGUUGGAGGCAACAUCUGCCCUUGCAGGGGCCCGGUAUUGCAGCCUCUGUCAGCGGAGUCUCUGGGUGGUGCAAACAGUUAAACGUUGGCCUACUAACUGAAAGGAUGGCAGUUUGAACCCACCCAGGGGCACCUCAGAAGUAAGGCCUGGAGAUCUGCUUUCAAGGUAACAGCCUUGAAAACCCUAUGGAGCGGUUCUAUUCUGCACACGUGGGGUGGCCAUGAGUUGGAAUCGACUGGACGGCAAUGAACAAGAAGCCUCUGUGGAGGCUGCCCCAGUUCAAAGAGCAGGUGCAUGACCCGAGGGCUCAGCUUCUUCUCGGUGCAGCAGAGGAAGUUUACCAGUCCCGCCCCCCCCCCCGCCCUUCGGUUAAAGAAAGCCCGUUGUACACACCAAAACGCUCAAGUUUUUCUAUGUUGCAUGCAUUAAAAUGCCAAAUAGCGAUUGGAAGACAGCCGUUCCGAUCCAUCUGCUUACCGGUCACCAUGUGACCUCUCUACUGUUUGUUUCCAUGUGCUCGGCAGAGGCGAAUGCACACCCACGUCUGAAGAGGUAUUUUUAUGUGUUUUUAAAACUUUUUAAAAUGAGCCUGACACCUGCAUUUCAGCAUUUGGAGACAUGUCCAUGUUAUUAUUUUUUUUAAUGUAUGAUUACUGAUACUUUUUGUUGUUGUUUAACUAAGAUGUGUUUAAUUUAUGUGCAAUCUUUAUAAUAUAUAUAUGUAUUACAGUUUCUGCUAUCAUAUUUUCUGUUAUUACAUUUAUAAUUUGACCUUGCUCUGAUUAUAAUGCCGGUAAAUGUUGCUACAUUCUUUGUAGAUGCAAAUUGCAAGAUCUAAAACAUUCUGAUGCAAGGAUAAAUCUCUACUUUGACUUUC